ACUGCCUAUUUUCAAUCGACAGACUCAAAUCGCCUCAGAGUUUGGAAUUUUUUUUCAACUGUACUACUCUCUCUCUCUCUCUUUCUCGAUAAUGACUCAAGUUGAUUUGGAAUCACUAGUUUCCACCAAUUCCGGCGGAAGUAAUGACCGGAAAAUUGUAUGUGAAACUCUAGCGAAAGCCGCCGGCGUCAAACCGGAGAAAAAUGAUAUUCCAGACGACGAAAAGGAACUUCCGCCGGAUUUCCCGCCGGAGUCAUUCUGUCUAUCGAAAGAUGCUGAACUCGAUUGGUUUGAUAGAAACGCAGUUCUGGAGCGUAAGGAAUCAGCAAAAGGUAACAGUUCACACGGAACGAAUGUGACUUCAAAUUUGCAUCCAAAUUUGAAUUCAAACUCACAACGAAUUCCAUUGACUUUGAAAACUAAAACUACUUUCUUCGGUUUACCGAAGAGUAGUUCUGUUGAUUCGAAGAGGAAAACAUGUAAACCGGCGAAUAUGCGUUUUUUUCCGACGAAACGAUCUGAAUCGGCAUUGAAAGCGGUUUCCGCUCCUGAACCGGUAUCACCGAAGGUAUCAUGUAUGGGAAGAGUGAGAUCGAAGAAAGGUCGCCGGCGAUCAUGUGAAGCAUCCCAAAAAUCUGAAAUAUCACUCGAGAGAUCAAAAAGCAGCAGAACACCUAAACGGAAAAUCGGAUUCUAUUCACGUCUACUUUCAAUAUUCGGAUUCGGUCGGAGUAAUAUCAAACCGGUGAAGGCUAGUACAGAGAGAACGCAUGAUUCCAUACCGGAAGAGCCACUUCCGCCGAGAAAGAGCAACGCUGUGGUAACCGAAAAGGUUCAUAAAGUUCCGGCGAGUGUUGAACCGGUUUCGGUUUCCGAUUCAAGCGGUUUAGGAGGAAUGAUGAGGUUUACGUCGGGCCGGAGAUCGGAAUCCUGGGCCGCCGAUGAGAUCGAUGCAGUGCUUUCAGAGUUGGGUACAGAUCGGAAAGUGGGUCCCACUAUAAGAAAUUGAAUUCCAGUGAAGGAACGCGCGGAAGUCAUUUCUAUGAUGGUUAAAAUUUCGUUAGUCCAACGUGGCAGUAAAAUUUACUCAAUAUUUCUCUAGUUGAGCAAUUUCUUUUUUCAAUUUUUAUUGGUUCAACUAGUUAUGCGAGAAUUAUAAUGUAAAUUUAAAUGUAUUACUCUCGAAAAAAAAAUCUAUUAAUUCUCUUUUAUGAAUCAUAAACGUAACGAUAUCAUAGUAAGGUUUAUGGUUCAAAGUCAUAAUAGAAGAAAUAUUUGUCUACUCA